GAGGGGCGGUGCCGCCCGCGCUGGGCGCUGCGCUGCCGCUCGGCUCGGUGCGCCGCCGGUGGGCGCGGGCCGCCUCGCUGGCCAGCACCGGGGUGGUGGCCGGCGGGGGAGCCGAGCGAACGGCUUUGGCGGGUUUGGGGCGUGCAGGGACCUCAGCGAACGCACGACUUGGCUCCCUAGUACCUUCUUUUUGUAAUCGGUAGUUCCCUUAGAUUUUUUUUUCCCCACUGGUAAUGUAUUUUCAUGCCUUUUCUUGCGAGCUCUGUGACAGCAGACUGCCCGGGAUGGCUUACCUUCCCGUGGAACGCCCCGGGUGUCGAACACGUAACGCCGCUUCAGAAGCGUGCUGCCCACGAGACACAAAAAAAUGUAGAAGAUUUCACUGGACCUAGAGAAAGAAGUGAUUUGGGAUUCGUCACAUUUGACAUUACUGCAGAUUUGGAGAGUGUAUUUGACUGGAAUGUUAAACAAUUGUUUCUAUAUUUGUCUGCAGAAUACUCAACGAAAAACAAUGCUCUAAACCAGGUGGUCCUCUGGGAUAAGGUCAUGUUGAGAGGAGACAACCCAAGGCUGUUCUUAAAAGACAUGCAGGCAAAGUACUUAUUCUUUGAUGAUGGAAAUGGUCUUAAGGGAAACAGGAAUGUCACUUUGACUCUCUCCUGGAAUGUUGUACCAAAUGCUGGCCUUCUACCUCUUGUAACAGGAUCUGGACAUGUGUCUGUACCUUUCCCAGAUACCUAUGAAACAACAAAAAGUUAUUAAAUUAUAAUACUGAAUCCUGAGCAAGAUAUUUUUAUACUGUAUAUUGUGAAUAAAUUUUAUUGCGGUUUCUUCUCACAUCCCAUGCAGCCCUUCAGUGAAAGGUACUUAAUUUCCUUAGGUCUAACAGCAGAGGAAAGGGAAAUGAAAGUUCAGGUGUGUGGUUUUUUUU